AUGUAUACUUUAUCUGAAAUGUACUACCAAAGACAAGCAAAAAACCCUCCUAAAUCAUUCACUGAUCCAGGAAUUUUUGAGAUGGUUGAGCCAGAAGAUGUAACCACAGAAUUUUCAACUGCUCAAGCAGAUGAAAAUUAUUUAAAAUGCUUCAUGGGUCUUUCUGACAAAAGCCUAACUCCUGAAAUUUUCCAUUCAAAUGAACACCUAAUAGAAUUCGAUCAAUCCUUUUACUGUGAUAAAUUUGAAGAAACAAAAGGGACCAAUCUGGAAGAAAAACUAAUCUCCUCAAAUUUCUCCGAAAAAGCCUUAAUGCUACUCAACAAUCUAGCCAUCAAGCAAGACUACUACAGACUCCGCCUGGCUGCCAUUGCCUAUGACUUAAAUACUAUGCUGUACAACUAUUACAUUGCUCUCAAGCAAAGAAUGGUGGGCAGAUAUGUCACUGUAGUAGGAAUUGAGCUGCACGACAGGGAGCAGACCCAGAAGAGAUUCUUUGAUAUGGAAGGGAUCCUAUUCUACGGAUGCCAGAUCAAGUCUUUGCUAUCAGAUGUUGGUGAAUAAUUGGGGUUCAAUGGUGG